UGCUUUCCAUGGAAACUCCCUCAAUCUUUAGAACAUAUAUAGUUUUUGAAUUAUAUGAACUCUCUCUCUCUCUAGUUUACUCUAGCGUGUUUUAGUUGCGAGAUUUAAACGAAAUCGAGAUGUAAUCGAAGAAGGUGGUUGUGCGUACUAAAUUAGUGAUUACAAGUCAACGAAAUCCAUGAGGUUUAUUCGCGAUGGAAUUAGGGUUUCUACCAAUUUUGGCUUGUUUUUUUUGAUGAAAUUAGGAUUGAGUAGUACUACUGAUCACUGUACGAUUACGAUUCUGUCUGUUAUGGUUACUCUUUGCUCAUAAGGUUUAUCUUGUUUGGUGCUUGGUGAACAACUGCAAUUCUCAUGGAAAAAUAACUCUGUUUUGUAAUUUGUAGUACCUAGGCCAAGGGAAUUGGUGACUGAGUAUUGUAAGACUGGUUGAUGCAGUAUCACAUUCUUUAAGAUUUUGAGUUUGGAAUUGAUUCUUUUUGUUUCUGCAAUUAAAAUGGAUACUGGUGGGUGGGUAGAUGAAAAAAGCGAGAACAGAAUAUAUGUUGGAAACCUGGAUCUUCGAAUAAACGAGGCAGCAUUGAUAAAAAUGUUUUCUCCAUAUGGGAAGAUAAUAUCAGAAGACUUCCUUUGGCACACACGCGGGCCAAAGAAAGGAGAACCACGCGGCUAUGCUUUCAUUCAGUUCAGCUGUAAAGAGGAAGCUGAAUUGGCGAAGGAGAAGAUGCAUGGGAGAUUAGCUUGUGGUAGGCCGUUGGUUGUACGUCUAGCUAGUGAGAAGCAUCUAGAAGAUUCCUCUCAUGAUCAUCGUUCCAAAAGAUCAUUACCAGAAGCAAAUAGAACGAGGUUUGUAACUGGGAGUAGUAGUAGCUCAGGACAAAUGAGCCGAAACGAAAAAGUAGCUGCCAUUAAGAAAAAACUCAAAGCUUUGGAAGAAGAUGAGAAGAAACAAGAUCCCAAGAAACAGAAGAGAGAAAAAAAAAAAUCGGUUUUAAACACACAGCUUUGUGUCAUCUUCAACGUUUUUGUAUCUGUUUUUUUUUUUUAUACUUUUGGCACUUCUAUAGUUGAACCCGAAUUCGGUUUACUGGUUUAAUCAAAACCAAAUUUGAUUUUCGA